AAGCGAGCACCCAACCGCGGCUCUUUUCCUCUCUUCCAAUCUCCCUCUAUAGAAGUCCUUCCCUUUCCUUCUCCCCGAGCGAAGCUACCAACCGACAAAGAAAGAAGGGCAAAAAGAUGGCAGCUCGAACCCUCUCCGCCCUCCCGAUUUCUACCUCCACCUUCCCCUCCUUCUCCAAAAACAACAAGAAGCCCAUCGUCCCCUCCCCCUCCUCUCUCUCGCUUCCCUCCAACCACCGCAAGCCCAACCCCAUUGCGACCUCUCUCCUCGGAGACCCCGCCCCUCCCUCUUCUGCGUGCGCCAGUAUCACGCCUCUCUUCCCCAGGCCCAGCCCUUCUCGCUCCCCCGCCGUCUUCUCCAUGCUCCCCACCGCGAAACCGGAGGGAGCUCCGACCGAGAAGAACCCCAAGUGGUCGGUGAGGGCGAUAAAGUCUUUCAGCAUGGCGGAACUGGAGGCGAGGAAGCUCAAGUACCCCAACACUGGGACGGAGGCUCUCCUCAUGGGUAUCUUGGUCGAGGGGACCAGUGAAGCAGCAAAGUUUUUACGUGCAAAUGGAAUUACCCUUUUGAAAGUGCGUGAGGAAACUGUCAAGUUGCUUGGAAAAUCUGACAUGUACUUUUUCAGUCCUGAGCAUCCUCCAUUGACUGAACCAGCCCAAAGAGCGCUCGACUGGGCUGUUGAUGAGAAACUGAAAUCAGGUGACAAUGGAGAGGUAACCCCAACACAUUUGCUUCUGGGCAUAUGGUCAGAGAAAGAUUCUGCUGGUCACAAGAUAUUGGCUUCCAUCGAUUUUGAUGAUGAAAAAGCUAAUGAGCUGGUCAAUUCUGCCAAUGAGGAUGCAGUCAUGACCUUCUGAAUUGGAUGCUCAAAGAACCUCCCAUUCAGCCCCAUUCAUUUUUCGGCAAAUUUCAUUUUCAUAAUUAAUGAUCUGCUUACAAGGUUCAUCGUGGAAUCAUCAACCACCGAUGUGGUGGUAAGGUGUGUUGAGAAAACUUCCCAUAGGAUUUUGUUUUUGAAUCCUUAUCAACAGGGCAUCUGUGUGUACGAUCGAUUCAGUGCAUCUAGUCACCCAUUAUUGUGGGUAUUGUCAGCCUUUUACGUUUGGUCCUUGCAUUGUUGAAGACCAAAACUUGUGAAUCAAAAUCCAAUAGCAUCCGGUUUUGGUUUGCUUCAAUCGUCAAAACUUAUGUUGCCAUUGCCUUUUUAUGGUUUAUUGCUACGCUGUUAGUGGUCAUGUACGACAGAAAUUGUCAUGAACUUGAA